AUGGAGGUGGACGGGGCGCCGGACCUGACGGACUUCAUGAACGACUGGUUCUUCGGGACCGUCGGCGCGAAGCACAGCGCUGCCAGCGCCAGUGCCGGUGCCGUCGCCGGCGGCGUGUACGACCUGACCGGCGAGAGCAGCAGCAGUAGCAGCAAGAAGAAGCCUGCCGCAGCCCCGUCGGAGAAGAAGCGGGAAAGUGACGUGGGCCGCGGUGGCAGGAGCAGCAGCAGCGCGAGCAAGCAGACGCAGGAUUGGCUGGAGGAAGCGAGGAGGAUGGUCGAGUCCGGGUCGCCGGGGAGGAUGGGCUCGCCGUCCAGGCAGGUGCCCAGGUUCGCCGGCGGCAACGGCACGGAGCCUUCGCCCACUCUCGACCGCCGGGACCCCAUGUCACGGUCCGCGAGAAGGCACCGGCAGCCGGGCGGCAUCGGCGACGAGAUCCUGCAGCGCGCGUCCAUCAUCUCCUCGCCAUCGCGCUCCGAAGCCUCCGCCGCCUCGGAGCCCCCCUCGCCUUCCCCAUCCCUGCCCCCGAACCCGCACUCCUCCCGCCGCAAGUCCCGCUUCCAGGACCUCUCCGCCGCGGACUCCUCCCACCGCCGCACCACCUCCUCCGCCUCCAGCUCUCCCGCCCGCCCCCUCCACCACCGCCGCCACGCCUCCACCUCCCACGCUCCCGCCGCCGACGGCUUCGACGACGGCGUCGCCCGCCUCAACGCCUUCCUCCGCCGCCAGCGCGUCGCCCUAGACAACCUAGCCUCCGGGGACAUCCGCGGCUCGAGGCCCACCAAGGUCGUGCUCUCCGACGCCUCGAAAAGCGUGAGCUCGAUUGUGGCGGCGAUAUGCUACGCGUGGGUGCAGUCGAGCAAGGCGGACGGCCAUGCGGCGGUGCCGGUGGUGAACAUGCAACGGAGCAGGAUGGCGAGGUGCAGGCAGGCGGCCUGGCUCCUCUACCACGUCGGCGUCGACGCCUCGGCUCUGCUCUUCGCUGACGAGGUUGAUAUGGAGGGACUGAUAAUGGAUCAGCGAGCUAGCUUGGUGGUGGUGGGGCAAGAUGUUUUGAGAUCAAAUGGCGAGGUAGGCUCGGUUUGCACGGUCCUCGCCAAUAACUAUUGUGAAGAAACUUAUAGCCCACUUCAGAGCCAGGACAUAAAGAAACUCCUGCUUGCAGGUAUCCUGUUAGAUACGAACAACCUAUCCAAGACGUGCUCGGACAAAGAUUCAGAGGCAGUGCAACUGCUCUUGUUCGGUACCUCUGAGCAUAAGAGGCACGAGUUGUUUCAACAAUUGAUGCUUGAUCACAAUGAUCAUUCUUUUGUCGAAUUCUUGAAGAACACCUACAGAAAGUCAUCCACAGAUGGUGAUGGGGACAGUCCUCCGGAGCAAAAGCAACCAAGUCCAGGGCCAUUAUUCCAAGAUGCCAAAAAGUCCAAUUCAACUAACCCGAGACCAGCCCGCGGAACUGGUGGAAAGCCUUCAGAUGAACCUCCUCGUGGGAAAAACAAAUUUUCCUUGGCAAAAUGGUUUGGUUUUGGCCCAAAGUAAUAAUGUAUUAUUUAUUAGUCUAAUUGUUUUUUCAACUGAUAUAUGCGAAUUCCAAAAGUAUCAUGUGUUGUUUAUUGAGGAAAUGCGAGGUUUGGAAGCAUUCCUCGUCACAUUGCGUUCGUGUGGAAAGAGCACUGUAUGGAACAUUUUGUAACUAUUGAUAGAC